AUCCAUUCUGGAGAAACUGGCCAGUAUAGGAGUAGAGCAUAAGUCAGACUUGAGUUUGGUUAAAGAAGAGGAUCUGCAAGAUCACCUCAGACCUAUCCAGUGUCGCAAACUGCUGCAAGCAUGGAGCACUGAGGAUCAGAUGAGGGGUGCAGCAGUUGUGCAGCCAGUGUCCUGUGAUGCAUCAUCUGUGGGCAUGUCAUGGAGUUCAUGUCAUCAGAAUACCUCUUCCAGCUCCAGCACCCCUUGUCAAGCCAGCACAUCCUCCACUGUGGAUAUUGAUACUUGGCCUGACAGUUUCAAGGUGCCAUGGAGCAAGAUGCCUGCAGGAAUCAAAGCAGCAAUAGCUAUGGAGCAACGCCCAAAUCCUCGAGAUCGUAGACAAAUGGUUAGAAUUGUAGUCGAUGAAAUGAGGCUUACUGAUGCUAAUCCCUCAAGAUCAGACUGCCAAAGUGUUGCAAAGAUGAUAGUCAAGCAAUACCCCAAGAGUUUUGCAGACAUCUUGAAGGAUGGUACCAAACUUGGGAGUGGUUAUGCUUCACUUGUAAACCAGCUGAAAACACGUGUUGAACACCUGAACCGUGACAAUUUUGUGGCCCGACGCAGGAGAGAGAAAAGGCUCUCCAGCUUAUCAAGCAAUAGCAGUACAAGACAAAGAGGGCCAUCAGACCAGUAUGGGUGCAUCAGGUGGCAGCCUGACUGUCCCCUAGGAGAAACUGAAUCCAGUCUGGAAGAGAAACAGAAGGAAAUGAUAGAUCUAUACUCUCAUGAGGGUUCAGCAGGAGCCGAGAGGGAGCACCUUACCCAGCUCAUGCAAACAACAUACUAUUUACAACGUAAAGCCAUAAAUCCUAAUCCAGCACCAUCCAUAAUGGAGCUUAAAAGCAGCUGCAAGUGA